AUGAAAUACAACGGAUUAUUUGAAGUAUUAAAAAAUCUUAUACAUCAAGACAUUCGGAUUUUUCCGAUGCACAUACCAGACGCGCUUGCUAAACUGGGUGAUACUAGGGCAAUUCCACUCUUAGGACAGACAAUGAAUUUACAAGAUUCUGAAGGAAACGACGAUAGAGAUCCAGAUGAUAAAAUUUUUAGGCCUGUUUCAACAGAACGACUAGUCGUGGAAUCUUGCAUUGCACUAGCGACUUUUAUCAAUGACGGAGAAACAAAAAGUUCGUUAAUGAACGGAAUUAAGAAUGAACGAAUUCGUGAAGUUUGCCUUGCCGUUCUCUAUACGUGCACAAAAGAAAAACAAUAUUUGGAACUACUAGAAGAAACAGUGAAAACAGGGAAAACCUUCGACGACCGCAUCAAACACUACUUGAGAAAGCAUGCGGAGACAUCAGAAGAUUUAGUCAAACUCUUGCAACUAAAUGAAGAAAUUGAAACGGAGAAAAAAGUCAAGACAGAUGAUGAUGAAACAGAGACAGAUGAUGAUUAA